AUGGAUUAAAUCAACUGCCAAAACCCAAACCAUGAUUCACAGAGAAUCAAAUAUAUUUGUGUAGAUCCAAACUGUUAAGCAUAGCAAAAGAUUGGUAUUUUACUUAAUGUGACAAGGUUGUGCUGAUUGCUUUCUGGAAGACCAUGUUACUCAUUAGAGGAAGACAGUUGAUCAAUUUCAUGAUCAAGUGAAACAACAACUGGAUACUUUUAAUUCGAUUGAAUUUUAACCUAUUACAAAUGCAAUUUAAUAAGAUUUGGAGUAGCAAAUUGAUAAAGAAUUAGAAAAUUGUCUUUCUUGUAUCACCUAUAGAUUCACAAGCAUAAAAAGUGAUUUGAAAACCUCAUUAGAUAGGGAGAAUGAAAAACUGUACGAAAGCUACAAUGCUUUGCAAUAGAGCAAAAACUAAGAGAUAGAUUCAAUAAACAAUGUGAAUGAUUUACAUUCAAUUAGUCAAGAGGAAGUAAACGACUUAGUUAAGUUCUAUCAAGAAUCUUCGAAAAUCUAGCAGAAUUAUUCGAAAGCUUCUGAGAUAUUUUCUGAUGAGAAACAAAAGGUAAAGUAAAAAAAAUAGAAAUACUUACGGAAAUUACGUACAAUCAUGUAAGGACUCUUGAAGGAGUUUAAUGAAUUAAUGACAACGAAGAACUUUUAAUAGGAAGACUUCAGUGAAUUUGAGACACCCCAGAAGUCAACAAUGUCUCCAAAUAAGGUAAUAAGUCUAGUAGAAAGUACAAGAUAAUCAAGGAGAUUUUACAUGAAUCAAACAAAAAAAUUAUUGUUUGGAAACGCUUCAAGGAAGAAUGAUUGA